CGCUGUGUGCUGCGUCACAGCGUCGGGCCGCGCUAGUCUGUGCGUGGCCGGCUGCGGGUGCGGACGCGCUCCGCCAUCAUGGCCUCCGCCGCCGCGCACCCAGCCUCAGCCCCCGCCACCCCCGCUGCCGCCGCCGCCGCGCCGCCGCCGCCUCCUCCUCCCGCCGCCCCGGGCAUCCUUAUCGGCGACCGGCUGUACUCGGAGGUGUCGCUCACCAUCGACCACUCGCUUAUCCCCGAGGAGCGCCUCUCGCCCACUCCCUCCAUGCAGGACGGCCUGGAUUUGCAGUGCGAGACCGACCUGCGCAUCCUGGGCUGCGAGCUCAUCCAGGCGGCCGGCAUCCUCCUCCGCUUGCCGCAGGUGGCGAUGGCGACGGGGCAGGUGCUGUUUCAUCGGUUCUUCUAUUCGAAGUCUUUCGUCAAGCACAGCUUCGAGAUUGUUGCUAUGGCCUGCAUUAAUCUCGCAUCCAAAAUCGAGGAGGCGCCUCGUCGCAUAAGGGACGUGAUCAACGUGUUUCAUCAUUUGCGUCAGUUAAGAGCAAAAAGGACUCCAAGCCCCCUGAUACUUGAUCAGAACUACAUAAACACCAAAAAUCAAGUAAUCAAAGCAGAAAGGAGGGUACUGAAGGAGUUGGGAUUUUGUGUUCAUGUCAAGCAUCCACAUAAGAUCAUUGUUAUGUAUUUACAAGUCUUAGAAUGUGAACGUAAUCAAACCCUGGUACAGACAGCCUGGAAUUACAUGAAUGACAGCCUUCGAACAAACGUGUUUGUUCGCUUUCAGCCAGAGACUAUAGCAUGUGCUUGCAUUUAUCUCGCUGCUAGAGCUCUGCAGAUUCCACUACCUACCCGUCCUCAUUGGUUCUUGCUCUUUGGCACCACGGAAGAGGAGAUUCAGGAGAUAUGCUUGACAACUCUUAAGCUUUAUACCAGAAAGAAGCCCAAUUAUGAAUUCCUGGAUAAAGAAGUAGAAAAGAGGAAAAUGGCACUACAGGAAGCUAAACUGAAGGCCAAAGGCUUAAAUCCAGAUGGAACUCCAGCACUCUCAACACUGGGUGGCUUUUCUCCUGCAUCCAAACCAUCUUCCCCAAGAGAAGUAAAGACUGAAGAGAAGACUCCAGUAUCUCUGAAUACCAAAACUAUUAAAAAAGAGCCAGAAGAGAGGCAGCAAGCUUCAAAGAGCCCUUACAAUGGCAUGAGAAAAGAAAGCAAGAGAAGCAGAAGCAGCAGAAGUGCCAGUCGAUCGAGGUCAAGAACAAAGUCCCGGUCUCGGUCUCACACUCCCAGGCGGCACUACAACAACAGGCGGAGCCUGUCGGGGACGUACAGCUCGAGGUCGAGGAGCCGGUCCCGCAGCCACAGCGGCAGCCCGCGCCGGCACCACAACCACGGCUCGCCGCACCUGAAAGCCAAACACGGCCGGGAAGAGCUGAAGAGCGCCAACAGACACGGGCACAAAAGGAAAAAAUCCCGAUCCCGGUCCCAGAGCAAAUCCAGGGAUCAUUCGGACGCCGCCAAGAAGCACAGGCACGAGCGGGGACACCACAGGGACAGGAGGGAGAGAUCCCGCUCCUUCGAGAGACCCCACAAAGGCAAACACCACGGCGGCGGCCGCUCGGGGCACGGCCGGCACCGCCGCUGAGCCCCGCGCCGCCUGUACAUACCGCAGCGAGGGACUCUGCCUCUGCGAACGCAGGAAAGGAUUUAGCAUUUGAUUAAUUUAAACCCAAUAUCUCAUUUUCUAAAACGUGUAGAAGACUCUUCUUUCUUUUUUUUUUUUUUUUUUUUUUUUUUUUUUUUUUUUCUUUUGGGAAAGAAACUGUUACCAACUUUUGCACAUAAUACCUUAGCAGUAUCACCUGGGUGGAAAACAAGGAUCAGGUUCAAUUGUAUGUAUUAGUUGUGUAUUGUUCAUCGAUCUGAGAACUGGAGAAUGGAUUUCUGUAAAAAGGCAAAAUGUACCUUAUUUUUAUACAAGUCAAUUGCAGACACUUAUAUUUAAGUAUAGUUAUUUGUUUAAACGAUGGUGGAUACUUUCUUACACUGGUUUUAGUCUGCAUGUGUUGAAAGAUUUUUACAAGAAAUAAAAUACGAAGCUUUUUUUUUUUUUUUUUUUUACUGCCUCUUGGAUGUCUAAUAUAUUGAAACUAUAAAUUUCCUUAAUUGCCUCCCUUUGGCCAGUGCACGGGAAUGGGGCAUUUGGGAUAGUGAUGUUGCAGCUCCUGCAGGAGAAAGGCUUGGAACGCUUGGGCAGUCGGUCUGGGCUUUGGGGGGAGGAGAGGUGGCUGUGGGUGGCCCCCCGCGGGGCCCAGUGUGUCCCAGUAUGGCCCAGCACCCCCCGGGGGUCUCUCCUGGGGGAGCUGAUGGGUCACUGGCCUCCGCUGGCAAAGGGCCGAGCGGGACAGACGCAGCACCUCGAGGGCUGGGGGUGUUUGUAACCUGUAGCCUGCCCCGGCAGAGGAGCAGGGAGUUGGAUUUGAUUCUUUCAGGUGGUAACAAAACCUUAAGCCUCGGGAAGGCUUCUAAAGCAGCACUAAAAGACCUUUUCUUUCCCCAAAAGUGCUCUUCUGUUAAGGGAGUUCAGCGGGCGCCCAGGGCAGGCCUAGCACCCUGGGUAACAGCAGCAGCUGGUUCUGCAGAACUCAAAAAGGAAAGAAAAAAGAUUGUGGUUGAGCAAAAACUGCCCUGGAACUGGGACUUUCUCGUCAGCAGCUAGCCAGCAUCCUGCCAGGCCAGGCCUGCAGCUCUUCUCUAGAAACACAGUAAGCGAAGAUACUUGAAAAGAGGGAAAAGAUAAAUAUCAUCCUCUGUUUCUUGGUUACCUCUGUGCAUGUUUUUGAUGUGCAGUAUCUCCUGUUGCUUUCAGGAGAAAUUAUUUGUUGCCAUGGAAAUUAAAGUAGCUUUUUUUUUUUUUUUUUUUUUUUUAUUCAAGGUAGCGUAGUGACACAAGCCGGGCUUUGAAGCAGCACCUCGGCGGGCUCAAGCUCGGCUGUUCGUGUGUCGGAGUGAACCGCGCAGGGGGGCUCGGCCUCGGGGCUGUGUCUGCACAAGCACCAACCGCCCUGACAGCACCUGCAGCAGCUCGCCUCCGUGCCCAGCCAGCUUGCUCUAAGAAAAGUGAAGCGCAGUGAAAGCUAAUUGAAACCCCGCGUCCCGCCAUCCCGACCACCCCCGGCGCUGUCACCCGGCUCCCCAGAGCCCUGCGGGCCUCCCCGUACAAGAGAGUUUCAGAACCGCCAGCAGGUAACUCAUCAGUUUGCCAAAAAAUACAAAUAUCCCCUCCCAAAGGUCACAGCGAGGCCAUGGGCUCCCCGAGGGGACCAGAGGAGCUUCACUGCUCGCCUGGUGGUGGCACCCAGAUGCUGAUUCCGGCUGCUAACCCCCAGUAGGACCGUGCUGUCUCCAGGCUUUAAGGAUUUAUUCUGGCGAUGAAACUGAGAGUUUACCCAGCGCUGAAUCCUUUUCCUGGCGUGCAGAGCGAGCGCAUGGUCACGCAGGGGCGUUUCAAAAGCUGCUUUCCCGAGGGCACGCGCUGGGAUUUCGGUGCGAUAAGAAGAGAUUUAGGGCCGGGAGGACGAACCCCCUGCCCUGCCCGAACAGUUUUAAUCGCCUCCAGCCCUUCGCUUAACAAACCAGGUAGCUGAAAGCGCAGCGGGGUGCAUGCUGCUCCCCCCCAAACCGCUGCCAGGGACGCCACAAACCUGAGCCGCGGCCUCGCUCGGGGACCCUUCCUUCCCGAGGGAGGGAAUUCUGCGGCGCUAAAGGAGACCAGGAUUGAAUUUAUAUUUGCAUUAUGCAACGGCAACCUUGGGUUCCCAAUUUUUCUAUUUCUGGCAAGGAGAGGACCAAGGCGAGUCGCCCGGCUCCCGUUCCCCCCCCACCCCAGCCACCGCAGGGCUGCUGAAGGAGCGUGGAGGAGGACGGGGGGGGAGCUGCGCUCGCCGCGCUCCUUGUUUCACCCUGAGCCGGUUUCCAGCAAGUUUCCAGUUGACCCAGCGGCGGCCAACGCCGCUGCCGCGUUCGGGCACCCCCCGAACCGCCAUCGCAGGCUCCCCCAGGCUGCCGGGGUCGGGGCGCUCACAAUUAAUUAUCAUCCCAACACAGAGCGAGCGAGGCAACGGGAGGCUGGGGGGGAACCUCGUUAGUGCCUUGGUGCUAAAUAACGAAGGCAAACACGGCCUGUUGAAGCCAAGACCCAGCCCAGGGCUGCACUCAGCUCGCCCGGGCCCGGCCGUGGGGCGGCUGCCCACGGGGCUCCAGUUUUUCCACAGCUUAAGGGAUUGUGGACACAAUUCUUGCGCACCCCAAGUCAAAAUUUGUCCCCCUCCCAGACACCCUGGGUGAGACUGGGGGGGGGUCUGGGGGCAUGGGGGGAGGGACCAAGGGCACGAGCUGAUGGCAGUGGAGCGUGGCGACAGCGGAGCGCGUCCCUUUGCCUCGAUUUAAAAAAAAAAAAAACAAAAAAAAAAAACAAAAAAAUCACUGUAUGUGUGGACUUUGUGGAGUAGUUGUGAAAGCGAAACACAUCUGCAGGAGCGGGUCCCUUUGCCUCGUUGGUAAAAAAAAACAAAAAAAUCACUGUACAUAUGGACUUUGUGGAGUAGUUGUGAAAGCAAAACGCAUCUGCAGGAGCGGGUCCCUUUGCCUCGAUGGUAAAAAAAAACAAAA